AUGAAACCAUCUAAACUGCAAGAUCAUCUGAGAAGAUGUCACCCUGAUAAAACAGAGAAAGAUUUGACAUACUUUCAAACACUCAAAGAUAAAUUUCAGAAGAGACCUACACUGGACAGAAUGUUCGCUUCGACGUCACAAAGUAAUGAUUAUGGUUUGCGGGCGUCUUACAAUAUCUCGUUACUUAUAGCAAAAUCCGGAAAACCGCAUACUAUCGGAGAGAAGUUAAUUUUGCCAGCCGUUGAAGAGGUUUUAAAAACUGUUUUGCACAAACCUGCAUCUGAUAUCAUUAAAAGAAUUCCCUUAAGGAACAAUACUGUUGAAAGACGUAUUGAUGAAAUGAGUUCUGAUAUUGAAAGCUUCUUAUGUAAUUAUUUGCAAACGACCCAUUUCUCUAUACAACUGGACGAGUCAACUUUACCUGAUAAUGCAGCAUUAUUAUUGGCAUAUGUUCGUUUUAUUAUGAAUCAAGAAAUCUACGAAGAACUGCUCUUCGCAAGAACUUUGAUAACCGACAUUAAAGAUUUUGAAUCUAGGUUUGAGGAUAUUUUGACUAUGGUAAUACCACCGUGGAUAAUUCAUCCAUUUGGUGACAUAGAAGAAACGAAUGUGAUAAUACAAGAGGAACUGACUGAACUAAGUACAAACGAAGAACUUAAGGUUCAGUUUAAAAACGGAUAUCAGCAAUUCUGGCUGCAAAACAACAUACCCGUUACUUAUCCCAUAUUAUGGAAUAUAGCGAGGAAAUUUUUAAUUUCCUUUCCAUCGUCAUACCUAGUGGAAAGGGGGUUCAGCGCUGUUACCAAUCUCCUAACGAAAAAAAGAAACAGACUGGGCAUCAUUAGCCGAGGAGAUUUAAGAUUAACCCUUACAAAAUUGACGCCAAAUGUUGAUAAUUUAUUAUUAAAGCAUCAGGUUCAUCCUUCUCACUAA